UUUGUUAAUGUGUUGUUGUUCAUUUCCAUUCGAGUCGAGGUCAUUCCAAUACGGUUAAACUCUCUCGUUCAUCCGCUUCAUCCUUAAAGAUGAAUAGAAGUCUCCUGUUGUUCGUUCUGAUCUCGUCGUUGCUCGUAAAGUCCGUAACGCCUUGGGCUAUAUACAUGUGGCCGGAGAUAGAAUACAAAGGAAAAGCGAUCGGCGUCGCAGGUGAGGAGGAGGAAUGCGUUCCGUUGCCGUCGUUCUUCACAGCUGCGUCGAUAAAUCCGCGCGAUUUCUGCGUGAAUCUGUACGAGACGGCUGAUUGCAGCGGCGUCAAGUACGCCUUCUUCCAGAGCUCGCUGAACUUGAACAAUCUGAAUCGGAUCAUCAGGAAACGCGUCGGAUCGGUCAAAUCGUGCAACACGGAUUACUGAUAGUAAUAUUAAUAAUAUAAUU